UUCUGGAAGCAUUCAGGAGUCGGUCAUUUCCCCGUUGGUCGCUCCUACGCCGCGACGCCGACUUCGAUCCUCCGGCGACUCCGAUGGCUUCUCCCCUGCUCCGCUCCUCCGCCGCCAUCCUCCGCCGAUCGAACCCGCGGGCGUGGACCUUCCCCCGGCGCCCCGCCCAGUCCUCCGUCGAGUGCCCCCGCUUCCUCAGUGCUGGGGCUGGGGGGGUCGUCGAACCCAAGGCGUGCUGCGUGGCCCACAUGCGCAUGGAGGCGGCCCUGGAGAAGUUUUCUGAGAACUUGUGCGUGAUGGAGAAGGAUAUUGGUAUUCUGCUAGAACAUGAGAGACGCUUCGAGCGCAGGGAGCAGUUCCACAAGAGACUGUCGUACGUCCUCAUUCCUGGUGCCAUCUUCGUCUUCUGCCCGGACAAGAAGAGGGAACCCUCGACGGAGGGGCAGUCGGGCGUCUAGCUUCAUCCGUGAAAAUCUAGGGGCCUUCUUCAUGUGACCAGUGGUAACGGAAGGUUCUUGAACUGUGUGGUUGGUUGAUUGAGUUGCGAAGUUUGGUUGGUUGGGUUUUCUGAUCACUCAGUUUGGAGGCGGACGGGUAACGAUCUUCUGUACCAGACGCUGGGGGCGUUGGAUGAUCUGGCAAAAUUAGGAACAAAGUCUUUUGUUGCUUCCAAGGUGUUGGUUUGAAUGGAAAUCGAAACAACCAUCCAUCGUGGUUUUCUUGUUG